CAAGUAGUAUCGAUGGAUUCAUAGCCACAAUAUGUUUUUCUUUUUCCCAAAACCUUAGUUUGAAUCGUUUGUAUCUAUUUUCGUUUUUGUUAAUUUAACAUGUCUUUGUCUAUGUUCUUGUUUUAUGUAUGUAUUUGAUCAAUUUUUUAUGAACAAAAACCCUAAUUUUGUAGUUUUCCUUAUUAUGAUGAUCUCUUGUUAACGAUUCCGACGUUCUAUGAGGAUAUCGAGGCAUAUUAUCUGAUCGGAAGGAAACUCUGGGGUUUUUUUUCUUGUUAAUUUUGUUUUUAUUUUUUUAAAUUUUUUUUAGUUAUGGCAUUGUGAUGAUAUUUGUUGAACCUUUCCAUAUGAUAAUUCAUAUGAUUAAAAUAUCCUCCUACUCAUUCUGAAUGCCAUUUUUUUUUCAUAUUAAUUUAUAGUUUUAGUUAAAAUAGUUCAGUUUAAUUUUAUCUUUAUGUUGUUUUUGCAUAAAUUAAUGGAUGAAUGUUUGAUUGAUUGAUUGAUAAAAUUGUCUGCUUUAGUUGCUUUGCUUCUUAUUGUGUAUUGGGGGCUGGUGCUGUUUUUUUUAUCCAGGAUUGGUGUGCUGAUCUUUUUUCUUGAUUGUUUUUCUGAUAAUGAUAAUAUAUUUUCUCAACACAGUGGUGUAAUGUUUGUGGCAUGAUUUAAAUAUUAGUCAUAUAUGUAUAUAUUGAUUAAAUUUUGUUGGUUGACUUAAUUGUAUUUUUGUUGUUAUUUUCAUCAUUGUGUAGGAGUAGGACUGUUCUUCUAAAGUUUACAUUGACUUUAACUUAAGUGUAAACCUGAAACUGGUGAGGUUGUUGGUUUUUUUGAAAGUAUUCAGCUAUCUGAGGGUGCUAAAGCGCUUAUUGAUGUAAAGAUUCAUGGUGUUUGGUAUGCUCAGCUAGAGUAAUAGACCAUUUUGUUGCGUUGUUGCUAAUGGUUUAGACUUUGUUAGCAAAAUCUGGUGAUAUCAAUUGGUUAAGAGCAUUGGUAUUGGUAUCAUCUGUGUAUGUUAUAAUGACUUUGAUUCAAUGAUGUUACUAAUAGAUACUAUAAUACCUCUAUAUUUUAUAGUGCAACGGUGACUCCUCUCUUAGUUAUGCCAGGAUGUGAACCCCUGUUUAGAGAAGUUACCAUAGUGAUUGGGAAUAGUCAGUCGUUAAGUGGUGUGAUAGCAGUUUUGUAGUGUUUUUAAGCCGCCAUUGUCUUUUGUUUGGAAAUUAUUUCAUUAUGUUGGUGUUAUUGAUCCUCUUUGUACCCCCGUUGGGUGUUCUAAUUUAUCAAAAUUAGGUGAUAAUGUCCAUUGUUUUGCCAAGUAAAUUGAAACAACAUAUAAUCCUAAAUUAUGGCAUAUAACCUACUACGGAUAGACAAGUAAAUUGAAACAGAAAGGAUUACUACUUUUUUUUUGACAGCAGAAAGGGUUACUACUUGUUAGGGCUAUAUAGUUCUAAUAAAGAAGCUCGAUUUGGUAUUUAAAAUGUGAGACUGUUUUUUGAAUUGUCGAGACUUUUGAAUUGUCUUAACAAAAAGUUCAGUCUUUUGAAUUGACAAUCCACAUAAAUUCGAGAGAUGGCCAUUCGAAAUUUACUUAGUUUGAGUAAUACGCCAUAAAAUAUCUAUUUAAGAGUGCAAGUGGUUGAAGGAUGUUUGUGAGUUGGUGAGGGGGAUUAGAUUGAAGGGGCGGUGAGAAAGAUUAUCGAUAAUGGUAAAUGCACUCGAUUUUGGAUUGAUAAAUGAAUUGACGAUUUGCUGCUUUGUGAAGUUUUUUCGAUACUUUUUUUCAGUUACUCUUAAAUCAGAAUGUCUUGUUUCGAAAAUGGGGAGUUUAAUGAGUAGUGGGUUUGGAAGUUUUUUUGGCGGAGAGCCUUUUUUGUGUAGAAAGAGGAAUUUAGAGAUAAUUUGAUGAAUCUACUUCGAUCUCUAAAGUUGGGAAUGGUGGAAGUUGGGUAGCCUUUUACAAUUGAUGUGGGUGGUUCUUUUUCGGUAAAACCGUCAUAUUCUUUCUUUUUAAGGUUGAGCACUCUUCCCUCAGAGUGGGAGGGGAUAAGAGAAAAUGGUUGGCUAGAUUGUGGAGGAGUUAUGCACCAUCCAAGGUAACAUUUUCUUGGCAAUUUCUUCGGGUUCGCCUACUGACUAUGCGGAAUUUGAUUGUACAAGUGAUUUUUGGGGAGAAUUUAGAUCAAGUGUAUGGUUGGUGUCAGAAAGAGUUCAAAACUAAGAUCAUCAUUUUGCUAAAUGCACUUUUUUUGUGUCCAUUUGGUAUCAUAUUUUUUAUUGGUUCAAUGUGAUUUUUAUUUUCUUGGAGGAUUUGUUAGUGCUUCUCCAAAGUUUUUGCUCACUUAAUAAAACAAAAAAAAAAGGGUGGGAAAGAGUUUUUGCUUUUUUGGCACGCAAUUCUUCUAUAGACGAUAUGGAAGAUGAAAUGAUACAAUUUUUGUCCCUAAGCAAACUUCGGUGUUGGAAGUGAUGGACUUCAUUAAGUGUCAGUGUCUUUCUUGGAAGUGACUCUUAGCAAAGAAGAUGAACACUCAUUGUACGUUUUAUGAGUGGUGCUCGAAUUCGACGAAUUCUAUACUUUUUUUUUUUUGGCGAAAUAAAUUGUAUACUUAAAUAAUUUUAGUUUUGUGAUAGGGUGAUCAGAGUAUUGCCUAUACUUUAAUUUCAUCCGUCACAUUUAUAAACAAAUUUCACAUUUCUAUAUUUAUUGCAUUACUAAUGUAUAUGUAAUUUGCUUAUAAAAUAUCACGGAUGAAGUAUCAUUUUUAAUAAUCUCCGUGAGCUUAACUUAGUUGGUAAAGACAUCGUAUUAUAUGUGCAUGCAGAAGUCCGAGUUUGAACCCUUGACACUUCACUUAUUCACCUUUAACGUGAAUUUUCUAAUAUUUUUAAUAGGAAAAGAUAUAGUGUCACUUGUAAUCUAUUUCAUUUAUUUUUUAUUAAUGAAAUAUUUUGCCAUUAUGAAAAAAAAUCCGAAUAGAAUCCGUGUAAGUGUUUGUUAGCCACCGCACCGACGGAACAGAUUCUUUGAUCCCUGCCUCUGUCACUGUAUGUACCUUUCAUAUUCCUCUCCUAUACUAGUAGUUAUUAUAGUAUAAACUUAUUUUUAUGAUUUUGUUUCCUAUUCCUUCACCUUUCACUUUCCAUUCUUUAUAUCCUUCAUUCAUUCAUACCAUUUAAUUAUUCUCCUUUUGUUUUUUCCUUCUCUUUUCCCCCACAAUUAUUUCCCCUUUCCAUUCAUUCAUUCAUUUUCAUUGAUACUACUACAAGAAACACAAAAAAAAAAAAAAAAAAACCGGCCAUGUUCGACAACAUAAUAAUAGUAAUAAUAAUAAUAACAUAGUAAGUAAUAAAAGGAUAAAAUCAAAUCAAAACAGAACAUAUUAUUAUGUUAUGGUAUUAUGAUGGAUGAAUUGCCAGGAGCGUUUGGUACUAGCGCCAGCUUAACUCUUCGUUUGGGUCAAACUGUUUUCUCAUCUGCUUCUCUUUGCUUUAUCUGCUUGGAUGUUGGUUUCUAUUCCUACACUUCUUUCUCGUUUUUGGUAACAGUGAUGGGUUUGGCAAUUCCAUGGAGCAUAACAUUGUUCAUGGUAGACGCUUACUCUGUCUUCAUACGUUGUAUGCCGGUCCAAAAAAGACUUAUAAUGAUAAUCCUUUUGGGAGACAUGGUUAUGUCAUAUCUAUCAUUAGCUGCAGCAUGUUCAGCAGCAAGUGUAACAGAUAUUCUACAUCAAGCUGGUGAAUCACACUGUCCUGCAAAGUCAUGUGGUAGAUAUCAAUUGUCUGCUGCUAUGGCAUUCUUGUCUUGGUUUCUUUCAUCAGCUUCAUGGCUUUUUAAUUUUUGGCUUUUACCUUCUCUGUAAAAAUAUUGUCUUGCUCCUUUGUUCAUACAUAUACAUGAAUGAUAAGGGUGCAAAUGACAAAGUCAUUUCCUCUUAGGCAUACAUUUUUUGAGGAAUAGAAAUACGUUACCAUUACUGCUCAAAAGGACGUCUCUAUAGAGGAUAUCGUCAAUAGAGUGAAAAUUCAUACUUGAUGGUGUUAAGACAAAAUUUAAGAUUUUUGAUUCUGAAUUUAA